AUGCAAAUCUUUGUCAAGACCCUUACCGGCAAGACCAUUACUCUUGAGGUCGAGUCGUCCGAUACCAUCGACAAUGUGAAGUCCAAGAUUCAGGACAAGGAGGGUAUUCCUCCCGACCAGCAGCGUCUGAUUUUCGCCGGCAAGCAGCUUGAGGAUGGCCGUACCCUGUCCGACUACAACAUCCAGAAGGAGUCCACCCUCCACCUCGUCCUUCGCCUUCGCGGUGGUAUGCAGAUCUUCGUCAAGACUUUGACCGGCAAGACCAUCACCCUCGAGGUCGAGUCUUCUGACACCAUCGACAAUGUCAAGUCCAAGAUUCAGGACAAGGAGGGUAUUCCUCCUGACCAGCAGCGCCUCAUUUUCGCUGGCAAGCAGCUCGAGGACGGCCGCACUCUCUCGGAUUACAAUAUUCAGAAGGAAUCCACUCUCCACCUCGUCCUCCGCCUUCGCGGUGUCGAGUCUUCGGACACCAUUGACAAUGUCAAGUCCAAGAUCCAGGACAAGGAAGGCAUUCCUCCUGACCAGCAGCGUUUGAUCUUUGCUGGUAAGCAGCUGGAAGAUGGUCGCACUUUGAGCGACUACAACAUCCAGAAGGAGAGCACUCUUCACUUGGUUCUUCGUCUGCGUGGUGGUAACUAG